UGCCUAGUAUUGUUAUUAUUUCUUAUCCAGUUCAACCUGCAUCCUAAAUAUCUGAACGUCAUUUCUCGGUAUCUGUCAUUUGUUGAUACGUGCGAAGCAAUCAUGUUUACCUCGCAAACUUCCAUGCAAACGUCCUCCUUCCAAGAUUCAAUUGACGUGGAAGAAAAGGAUACGGAUUAUGAUAACGAAGAGAUGGGAUAUAAUCAGAAAAUACAGUUGAACUGUUACUAUACCAUUUAUCUCUACCAAGGCACCAGCCUCACCCUAGUGGACAGCAGCCUGCCGGUAGAGGCGGAGCCUGAGCUACGAUGCUACAUCUCCCGGAGGCUGAGCAAAGGAGCCCUGCUCGGGGGCAUGGGAAACAUUGCCGCCGUGGAGCUCAGUGUCCCAGAGGCAGCGGUGGGCUGUUACUGCUGUCUCCUGGAGCAGGAGAGAUCCCCAGAGCAGCCCGACGUGGACGGCAAUGGCUAUGUGAUCUGCCUGAUGGGAGGCUCUGAGAAAGGCCUCAACCUGUUUAGACUUGAACUGGACAAGUACGUGCAAGGCCUGCAGAGCAGUCUACAGACUGCUGAGCUGGUGAACCUAGAGACUGAGAUCAGGCCCUACCUGAGCAUGUGGUACGAGGAGUCGGUGAUGCACAUCCACAGAGUGGUGCAGAUGGUCCGGAGCAUCAGCUUCCUGCUAUAUGCUGCUCUGAGUCACAUACACGUGGAGGUCACCAAUGCAGAUGACAGGACCAAGGCUGAUGUUGCUCGGUUCAUUAAGGCAGCCAGUCUGCAGGGCCUGGUCCAGGAGGACACUACCACAGCCUCUCUGUAUAAGGCCUCAGAGGCUCUUACUGACCUGGUCAUAGACUGCUCCACCAGCCCUCCUACACUCUCCAACACAGUCAGUAACCGUUUCUGUGACGGUUGGAUCCAGUCAUUCCUGAACGCAGCAGAACGCUGUAACCCUUUCCUCCUCAGACAGAUCCUGGAGAACUUCAAACUCAAGGCCAUUCAGGACAUGAACAGUCUGAAGCGGUUCAUCCGCCAGGCUGAGUCGAGUCACUACGCUCUGUUCCGCUGCUGCCAGUUCCUGCAGGGCUGUGGGAAUGGGGACGUGCUGCUCCAGAACGCCCACGCCGAGCACCGGGACCUCCCUGAGGCCUGCAGCAUCAUCCGCGUGCUGGACCAGUUCCUCAGCGAACAGCAGGCCCAGGGAUGAGGAUAGGG